GGAUCCUCCAUUCCACAAGUUCUUCGACGGACAUUUGUUGCAAAGAAUUCUUCGAGCACAGAUCUUGGGGAGGCGGUUGUGAUGAUCAGAAAACAGAAGCCCCAGCGUGUUCUGCUGCAGGUGCUUCUUGGUGCCUUUGUGGUCCAUCUCGUCACGAGCCUCCAGCAUGACCUCUCGAGGCAACAACCUCUGACAAUCGGGUAUGCUCUUGCCAGACGGAAAGAAUCUCAUCUUGCAAAGCCGAAUGGAAACGAGGAAUUGGAUCAGGACAUAGAAGAGCUACAACGAGCAAGUGUACGGCGUCUAGAUUCUAGGAAAGCCCCUGAAGAACGACGCUUGGAUAUCAGAAAUACUCCUGAAGAACGACUGGUUUUCAAGAGAUCUUCUGAAAAGCGUGUAGAUUUUAGGAGAACCCCUAAAGAACGAUGCUUAGACUCAAGGAGAAGCUUUAAAGAUGGACAUCUAGCUUCCAGGAGAGCCUCCGAAGAACAUACAGUUCAGAAGAGAGCUUCUGGAGAACCGCAUCCACUUUCCAAGAGAGCUGAAGAACGAAAUCUGAAUUCUAGGGGAACCUCUGAAAAACAACGACUAGAUUCCAGAAGAGCUACAGAACGUCCGGAGUCAAGGGGGCCCUUUGUAGAACGCCGUCUAGAUUCCAGGAGAGCUUCUGAAGAACGUCUUGAUUCCAGGAGAGCUUCUGAAGAACGUCUAGACUCCAGGAGAGCUUCUGAAGAACGACGUUUGGAUUCCAGGAGAGCUUCUGAAGAACGACGUUUGGAUUCUAGGAAAGCUUCUGAAGAGCGACGUUUAGAUUCCAGGAGAGCUUCUGAAGAUCGACGUCUAGAUUCCAGGAGAGCUUCUGAAGAACGGCGUCUAGAUUCCAGGAGAGCUUCUGAAGAACGUUUAGAUUCCAGGAGAGCUUCUGAAGAACGACGUCUGGAUUCCAGGAGAGCUUCUGAAGAACGUCUAGAUUCCAGGAGAGCUUCUGAAGAACGUCUAGAUUCCAGGAGAGCUUCUGAAGAACGACGUCUGGAUUCCAGGAGAGCUUCUGAAGAACGACGUCUGGAUUCCAGGAGAGCCUCUGAAGAACGACGUCUGGAUUCCAGGAGAGCCUCUGAAGAACGACGUCUUGAUUCCAGGAGAGCUUCUGAAGAACGUCUGGAUUCCAGGAGAGCUUCUGAAGAACGACGUCUUGAUUCCAGGAGAACUUCUGAAGAACGUCUGGAUUCCAGGAGAGCUUCUGAAGAACGGCGGCGUCUGGAUUCCAGGAGAGCCUCGGAAGAACGUCUGGAUUCCAAGAGAGCUUCUGAAGAACGUCUUGAUUCCAGGAGAGCUUCUGAAGAACGUCUUGAUUCCAGGAGAGCUUCUGAAGAACGACGUCUUGAUUACAGGAGAGCUUCUGAAGACCGACGUUUAGAUUCCAGGAGAGCUUCUGAAGACCGACGUUUAGAUUCCAGGAGAGCUUCUGAAGAACGACGUUUAGAUUCCAGGAGAGCUUUAGAAGAACGACGUCUUGAUUCCAGGAGAGCUUCUGAAGAACGACGUUUAGAUUCCAGGAGAGCUUCUGAAGAACGUCUAGAUUCCAGAAGGGCUUCUGGAGAACGACGUCCAGAUUCCAGAAGAGCUGAAGAGCGACUGCAAUAUGGAAAUUCCAAGAGAGUGACUGAAGAACAUCUGGAUUCCAGAGAAGCCUGUGCAGCGAAACCUUUAGUUUCUGAAGUAUUCUCUGGGGAAUAUUUUAUGGAUCCAAAAGAGCAGUGUAUUGCGAACACCCUAGGAAAAUACUCUGGUUUUGGAAUUGCUUUAGAAUGUCGAGCAGAUUACGGGGGAACAGUUGUUGAUCCCUUGCCUGAAAACCCAGGAGUCCUGAAGAUGAACAAAGAAAAAAAUAUGGUUCGAAAGCUCCCCUCCCAUCUGAAUACCCGGAAACAUACUCGAAGUUGA